CUUCUUUUAUCGCACAAACCACGCUCCUCAAUCCAUGCUCUAUUCAUCCUCAUUUGCUGCAUAGCCCCGUCUCACGUUCUUCAUCUAAUUUAUUCAUUCAUCAUCUCAUUCGCAAGGUCACUGUACCGUGGAUUCACGGAUUCACCGACAGCGCCCUUUUUCUUUUUUCCCCUCUUUUUACUUUGUACAUUGGCCUUUACGAUGGUUGGUCCAUGGCUGAUCCUGUGGGCUCAGCUCUGCGCGACCUUCAUCAUUGCUGUUAUUGCCCAGGGAACUCGCAGCGAUCGACUUUCUCGGGUGGAAACAAUCAAUAAUCCUCGAAUUACCUUGAUGUUAACGUCAAUGCACGGAAUCACGGCCAAACGUUCAGCGAUACCCACAACCCCAUCUGUCAUUGAUCUUGAACACGAUGCAUCUUUUCUACUUCAGUUCUCUGCCUUUGAACAGUCGUUUCAUCUGUAUUUAAUUCCAAACAUUGACAUGUUUCACCCGGACGCUACUGUCACGAUUGAACACACCGAUGGUCAGCAACAUGUCGAGCCCAUUCGCCGAGAUCAAUUUCGCAUAUAUAAAGGCAUGGUCUCGGAAACACCAAUAGAGUUACCGGAAACAAUACCCGAUGACUUGAUCACCGAAAAACAACAUACCCACUGGGCACGUAUCACGCUUCGACACGAUAUUCAGAGCGAGCAUCCCCUUUUCGAAGGUGCGUUUGCAGUGAAUAGCGAUGUGUACCAUAUCAAGACGCAAUCGAACUUCAGGUUACGGAAGCGAAACGACGAUCCCUAUCCGAACAGCGACGACGCCAUGGUGAUCUAUCGAGAUUCCGACACCAUCGCCGCCCCGUUCCAUUCAGUUCCAUUUAUGCACCGAUUUGACACGCGAGACGUUAAGGACGAUAUCACUUGUGGCAUGGAAGAUUUGACUUACAAUCAAGAACUCACAGGCUUACGACGAGGGAAUCGGAAUAGUACGACGGUGUCGGUUCCACCACUCAUGGACAACAGCAGUAGUAAUUACGGUAUCGUCCCCUUGGACCAUGUCAAUCUGUUGACAAAGCGAAACACACCUUUGCAAGGGUGUCCAACCGCCAGGAAAAUUGCUUUUAUGGGUGCAGCGGCGGAUUGUACGUAUACUUCUUCUUAUGGCGGUGUCCGCAGCGCCAAAAUUCAAAUCGUCAAUGACUGGAAUGUCGCUUCCGGUGUUUUUGAACGUACGUUUAACGUUUCCCUCGGUUUAAUUUACCUUCAUCUGUCAAGCCCCGAGUGUCCACGUCGAUCCAAAUCCCAGAACAACUGGAAUCAGCGCUGCUCCAACUUUUACACCAUCAAUGACCGUCUCAGCGACUUUAGUUUAUGGCGUGGCAAGAAAGGCGAAGAUGGUGCCGCUUUGUGGCACUUGAUGACCCGGUGCUCCACCGGGAUCAAAGUGGGCAUCGCAUGGUUAAGUCAAUUGUGCGAAACCCAGGCUUCGCAACAAGUCGAAGAUAACGGAUCUUUUGAAUGGGUCUCUGGCACUGGGGUUUCUUCCAUUACGCGUGAAGAGUGGAAGGUGGUGGCCCAUGAAAUUGGACACGGAUUUGGUGCUAUUCAUGAUUGUAUGGCUCAAUCGUGCCCCUGUAUUGGUAACUGCGGAUGCUGUCCGCUGAGUGAGACGCGUUGCAGUGCCGGUGAAACGUAUCUGAUGAAUCCUACCAGCAAUGUUUCUACCAACGAUUUCAGUCCAUGUUCUAUGGCGGAUAUUUGUAGCUCGUUCCCCAACAUUGGCUACUGCCUUCAAUCACCGAAUGCGCUUACAACGGGGACUACCUCCCUGUGCGGGAACGGUAUCCUUGAACCGGGAGAAGAGUGUGAUCCAGGUCUCACCGACAGUAAUUGCUGUGACGCUCGGACAUGCCGUCUGAAACCGCACGCGAUUUGCGAUGAUUACAGUCAUCAGUGUUGCUUAAACUGCGAUAUUGCACCGGCCACUACUGUCUGUCGCCCGCCUGUGUCGGAGUGUGAUACCAUUGAAUACUGCACUGGCUCUUCUGUGCAAUGUCCUGACGAUCAUUACGACGACGAUGGUACCCCUUGCGCGAACGGUACAAUGAAGUGCGCUUCGGGAGUAUGCACAUCCCGCGACGCUCAAUGUAUCGCGCGCGGGUUGCGACUCAAUGUCAGUGAACAGUGCUCGUUUCAGAAAGAUUCUUGCCAAGUGAGUUGCGCCGAUCCCUCGGAUUCUCGCAACUGCUUGGUAUUAAGCGGUAUGUUUCUCGACGGCACGGAAUGCGGCUUGGCAGGCUACUGCCAUAAAGGCUCCUGCGUGAGCACAGGCGUAUGGAAUACGGUCAAAGCGUGGGUCGAUCAGAACAAGCAAAUUGCUAUUCCUGUGUUUAUCUUUGGCCCCUUGAUCUUGCUGGCCAUUCUGGGAUGGGGCAUUUGGUUCGCUGUGAAACGGUAUAGAAGGCGACGCAUGGGCGCCAAAGAUAAGGACUCUCGCCCGCCUUCCAUCGCUAAAGAUCAGGAUGAACCUACUCCCUCCAUCCAUCGCGGUAUGGACCACCAUUCACCGGCGCAUAUCACUUCUUCACGAGACGAUCAUCACGCGUUCUUUUUUGCGGAUCAUCACCCUGACAGAACCCUCGCGGUGCCUCCCACGGACCAUGCGCUAGCAAUCCCUUCACUCAGUCCUUCGUGGAACAGUGCUUCGGACACACAACCCUAUGAAGAAUGGGAAUUACGGACGCUGCCCAACCAUCAACGUCGGGCCUCGUUUGCUUCCAGUCACGGUUACAGACGAGCAGAUAGAAGUCGAAAUCCUUCGACCACCACAGCUGCAACCAACCAUCCUAAUGACGGUGUAGAAAGCAUGUUGCCUCCUGGAUCGAAUAACGUGGAUCAUGUCGACUCGGUUCUAUUCCCUGAUUUAGUACCAUCCAAUGGCCCUACCAUGGAAACCAAUUACGCCUUUAUUACCAGCGGUACUCAUCGCCGGGCCAAAUCUAAUAUCUAACAUUUUUAUUCAUAUACCAUCACGAUGCCCUUUUUCUCUCUCCAAUUUUUGUAUUCCAUUGUCAGCUCUCAAUUACUCAUAUUACAUAUACUGUCUUGCUCGCAUUUGCAAAAUAAAUAUUUAACAAACCAUGCC